CCGUUCGCUGCGAAACAGUAAUCUUAAUAAAGAUUCAUAUGUCUCCACUCAUCUCAAUCUAGCAGAGAUAUACUGAAAGGUUUUCUGACCGUAUACAACUAAGGGUGUUACUUUUCAUUUCCUAACGACUUAUGCAAGUUCACCGUAAUGAGUGAAUUCACUUACCUAUUUACUGCUUACUAUUAUCGGCGCCGAAAUAUAGUGCAUUCGAUUGUUUUUACAAUAACUCAACAACGAUAGGUGCUAGAGACUUGCGAUUUUCAGCAAUCGAAAGUAGACACUUGAAGCUAACUUUGCAUAAGCAAAAACUAGUUUGGAAAAGAUCGACCUUUGAAAAACUAGCUUAGGUUUGCGAAAACAAAAAUAGCAAUUCACCGAUUUUUCUUCAUAGGUAGAUACCCAAAGUAUCUUCUACAGAUGCUGAAUCUCGUGGCAACAUUUGUUUUUCAAAAAAGUUUCAAAAACCUAGUGAAAAUGUAUAUUAGGUGAAAUAGUCCAUUUUUGCCUAUUUUUGAGUAAAAUCAAAAAAUUCAUAACCCAAUCAGAUUAUCUCAGAAUAUGAACAUGUACUCUGUUUCGACUACUCAAUACUGCGCAGUUCAACAAAAGCUUUAAAAAUACUUCGGCUUUUAAAAAGGUUUUCUAGAAAUCUCCCGUCGUACAAGAAUAUUUUUUACUAUUCUCAAGUAAAAAACCAUUUAGGGCAGGUAAAACAGAGUACAUGUUCAUAUUCUGAGAUAAUCUGAUUGGGUUAUGAAUUUUUUGAUUUUACUCAAAAAUAGGCAAAAAUGGACUAUUUCACCUAAUAUACAUUUUCACUAGGUUUUUGAAACUUUUUUGAAAAACAAAUGUUGCCACGAGAUUCAGCAUCUGUAGAAGAUACUUUGGGUAUCUACCUAUGAAGAAAAAUCGGUGAAUUGCUAUUUUUGUUUUCGCAAACCUAAGCUAGUUUUUCAAAGGUCGAUCUUUUCCAAACUAGUUUUUGCUUAUGCAAAGUUAGCUUCAAGUGUCUACUUUCGAUUGCUGAAAAUCGCAAGUCUCUAGCACCUAUCGUUGUUGAGUUAUUGUAAAAACAAUGGAAUGCACUAUAUUUCGGCGCCGAUAAUAGUAAGCUUACAACUUUCUAGUAAAAGUGAGUAUUUUCUUGCUACUCACUAAUUCACUUUUCUAGUAAGUUAACAGCUGACUAGUAGGAUAAGAAGAAAGCGGCAGCCCUAUUUACAAUUAUCAUUCUACUCAUUUUGUACAGAAUCGACCAGAAGCGGAGAAGUUUUGGCUGAGAACGUGGAUAACAAAGUAUUUAAAAAAAUUUUUGGGUGCACAUGAAAAAGGUGAAAAACGUGUUGGAUGGCAAGAAUAUAUUUGGAGUUGGUUAGGUGCAUUUCUGGGCAUUCUAUUCGUUGCAUUGUUACAUUAUCGUGUUCUUACUAGGCACGCUCUGCAAUUUUUAAUCGGGUCAUUCGGUGCUUCAGCGGUUCUCAUUUAUGGUGCGCCUACUUCUCCGUUGGCUCAACCACGAAACCUCAUCGGGGGACAUGUAUUAAGUGCACUAGUCGGUUGUAUUGUACGUGUUAUUCUCGUGAAACAUGAACGAUCGGUUGCUUGCGCAUUAGCCGUAGCAUUUGCUAUUGUUGUUAUGCAAAUCACAAAAACUACUCAUCCUCCAGGCGGUGCGACAGCCUUAAUUGCAGUUACUGGUGAACCGGCGUUACCAUGGGGAAAUUUUUUGUAUAUUUUGAUGCCUGUUCUUACAGGUGCAACACUAAUGUUAAUUGUAGCGUUAAUUGUUAAUAAUAUAGCACCAAAACGGAUUUAUCCGACUAGGUGGUGGUAG